AGAAGGGAGAUGCAACCGAAGAGGAGAGGAAACUUGCAGUUCAAAUCAAGGGAGAUCCCAUGCCUAUCCGACAUCAAGCACCUGCUAAAGCAAAGGCACGUCCUGUCACUGAGGAGGAAACUAAAUUCUCUGCAUAUAUAACCCUUCGUAAAGCACGAGCUGACGCACGAUUAGUUGGCAUUCGUGCAAAGCGCGCUAAGGAUGCAUCGGACAAUCCUGAUGAAAUGACUAAAGUUGCUAAGGAUAAGAAAGCCAAGAAGUAAUUCUUUAUAUAUAUAUGACAUCUCUU